AUGGAAACCUUAAACUCCUCGAACAUCCCGAGUCGAAUGGCAGCAUUGGAUCUGUCAACAGUGGGUCUCUUGAUUGUGGGAUUGCUUACAGUUUAUGUAACUCACUGGAUUUACAGAUGGAGGAAUCCCAAGUGCAAUGGAGUUCUUCCUCCAGGUUCCAUGGGGCUCCCUCUUAUCGGCGAAACAAUUCAGUUGGUCAUUCCAAGUGCCUCUUUGGACCUUCCACCAUUCAUCAAAAAGAGGAUGAAAAGGGAGAAACUCCUCCCUCAAAUGGAAGAUAUGGUUAUUAAAACACUUUUGAAUUGGUCUAGUCAAGAAUCAGUUGAAGUGAAAAGUGCUUCUGUUACAAUGGCUAUCGAUUAUGCUGCGAGACAAAUAUACAGUGGUAAUCUUGAGAAUGCACCCCUCAAAAUAAGUGAUUUGUUCAGGGACUUGGUUGAUGGUCUAAUGACGUUUCCCAUUAAUAUCCCUGGUACCGCACAUCACAGAUGCUUACAGACUCACAAGAAAGUACGAGAAAUGAUGAAGGACAUCGUGAAAACUAGGCUCGUAGAACCUGAGAGGCAAUAUGGAGAUAUGCUUGAUCAUAUGAUUGAGGAUAUGAAAAAGGAGACAUUCUUAAACGAGGAUUUCAUCUUACUUGCUGAACAUCCCUUAGUUUUGGAGGAAUUAACUGCUGAACACGAGGAGAUUCUCCAGAAACGAGAGAAAUCAGAAUCCCAUCUCACAUGGAAUGACUACAAAUCUAUGACUUUUACACUUCAGGUCAUCAAUGAAGUUCUAAGGCUUGGAAAUAUAGCACCUGGAUUCUUCCGUCGAGCUUUACAAGAUAUUCCUGUAAAUGGAUAUACUAUCCCUGCAGGAUGGGUGAUUAUGAUUGCCACCGCCGGCCUUCAUCUCAACUCUAACCAAUUCGAGGAUCCUCUUAAAUUCAACCCAUGGCGCUGGAAGGAACUCCAACCUUCUGUCAUAGCUAAAUGUUUUAUGCCGUUUGGAUCUGGUAUGAAGCAAUGUGCUGGUGCAGAAUAUAGUCGGGUGCUACUGGCAACUUUUCUACACGUCUUGGUCACAAAGUACAGAUGGGCUAUUGUCAAGGGUGGAAAAAUUAUUCGUUCUCCGAUCAUGAGAUUUCCAGAUGGAUUUCACUAUAAGAUCACAGAAAAAACCAACUGA